AUGUCUGCCCAACCGAUCACGUUUCCAUAUCCCAUCGACAAGUCUUGCACUGUCAAUGUUGACUUCAAGGGCAAUGAAUAUCUUCUACGCUGGGAUGGUGACUGGAAGAAGCUGCCAGAUUUGACACGGUUUCCACGAGUGGACGACGCUUCUGUUUCUCUAAUACCGCAUAGCUCAAAUGUUCAUAAGUUAUGGACAACGUCUCGACUUCUGAAAUAUGGAGCGGAUUCCCAUAUAAGGGCUUUAGAUUCUUGCACAGACGGAUACCCAAUCUGCAAAGUCGCGAUUAAUGAUCGUCAAAGACGCUUACUUCAACAGGAGUUCGCAAUUCUCCGGCAUUUAUCGUCAAACGAAGUUCCUGUUGUUCGUACACAUCGAGAGCCAUUAGUCGAUGAACAAGGCAUCUUUGGAUUCAGAAUGGAGAGACUCGUCGACAUUGAUUUAGGCAAUGCGACGGAGCAUAUACACGAGAUUGAAAAGGCAAUCGAAGAAGUGCAUCGAGGUGGUGUUGUGCACCAUGACAUCUCUCCAAGCAAUCUAAUGCUGAAUCAGGAAGGGUUCAUUACUGUCAUCGACUUCGGUCGGGCUGGAUACAUUGGGCAGGAAGUACCUGAAGACUUUAGAGCAAAGGAGAAUGAGAUUUUCUCAGUCGAUUCUGACAACAACGCCUUGAAAAAAAUCAUUGAUAUAUACUCCCGCAAAGGGUGCUUCAGCUCACAGAACUUUGAAGCUUGA